AAUUCCCGACAUUUUUGCAUAUCUGCGACUUAGAAUUUGUUUAACUGAGAAAUUUAUAUUCCAAGUCAAAUGGCUCAAGAUGAACAGUCCCGAGAAACCAAGAAAAAGGUUUCUACAAAAGAAAAAGAUAGAAUUAAAUCGAAGGAAAAACCACCGUCUAAAGUGAUUAUUCGAAGAUUGCCACCCACAAUGACAGAAGAAGUUUUCCUUGAGCAGAUCUCACCCUUACCUGAUAAUGAUUUCUUCUACUUUGUUAAGGGCGAGCAACAGUUUGGAGUUCCCACAUUUAGCAGAGCUUACAUAAAUUUCCUCAACCUUGAAGAAAUAUUCACUUUUCAAGAUAAAUUUGAUGGCUAUGUUUUUCUUGAUCAAAAAGGCACUGAAUACCCUGCAGUUGUUGAGUUUGCUCCAUAUCAGAGAAUUCCUCGUCACAUAGAACCAGGGGCUAAAGAAGACAAGUGCAAUACAAUCGAUAAUGAUCCUCAUUACUUAGAAUUCGUGAAGAAGCUUGAGCAGCCAGAUGAAAUUGUUUUACAGAGUGCUGAAACCUAUUUGGAACAGCUAGAACUUCGAGAACGUGAAAUAAAAGCAAAUGGGCAUGCAAAAGUAACUACACCAUUGGUAGAGUUUUUACAACAAAGACGUUUAGACAGGGAAAAGUUUCGCGAGGAGAAAAAGGAUGAAAGACGAAGAAAAGAAUUUGACAAAAAGAAGCAGAGAGAACUUGAAAGAAUGGCUAGAAAACGUGACUCAAAAAAAGAUGACAAAAGGCAGGAUAAACAAACUCAAAAAGGAAAAAAAGACGACGAUCGACCACAUAAUCCAGUCAAAGUGUUGAAAAAUGCUGAACGUGAAACCCUGGAAAAAACAGACAAAGCUGAAACGGGGGUUACUGUAAAAAAAGUGCCUAAAGAAGGGUCACGCAUCAAAUUAGAAAAGCCCAAGGAAAGACCGGACAAACCAAAAGAGAGACCAAUGCGAGAAAAGUCCAAGCCGAAGACGGAAAGAAGAUCAGGUGGUGAAUCCCAAGAUCUGGAUAAACCUGAUGCCAAGGAAGAAACGCAACAGUCGUUUCAACCAAAGAGAAAUACUUCGCUUUCGGAGGUUACGCCUAGUAACGACAAUCCGAAUGGAACAACGUCUCCAAAACCGGAAGAAAAUAAGGGAUCUAGGAGAAGGGCCGAUAACGAUUCUUCUGAGAAAGAAAAGAAGAUCCGAAAUAAAGACAGACCGGCUAUUCAAAUAUAUCGACCCGGUGCAAAACGCGUCACCAUCUCUAAAGCGAAAACCUCUGACCAACCCUCGAAGGAAUGAAACGAAAAGUAAACACGACCUUUUUUUCGAAGUGCAUAAGCGAAAGAGUGAUCGUACUUCGACCUCGACUCUGUCAGUGAAUGUCCCGUCGCGCCAUCGACUAUCCGGUUUAAGAAAAAGGUAGAUGCGCACAGGCGCCUAAAAAAAUUAAUAUUUCCCUUUUCUGAGAUGGCUGCCAAAAUUCUGUUGUUCUCUGCGAGUUACUUCAGUUCCUCCGCAAACAUGAGACCAUGGAACCUUUGCAUGACCGCAACGUAAUAAUUGCACAAAUCUUCAAAUACAGGAUAUUGAUUUUC